UCACCCCUGAGUAGCAAGGGUGUGCGCAUGAAAGUGAUUGAGAGUAGUUAGGAAAUAACACAGCCAACACACAGAUACACUGAGUUGUGUUUACUUUCAAGAAAUAGUAAAAAGGCACAGUCCAAUAACAGUCCAGGUCAUACACGUAUAAAGCAGUAGAUAUCAAACAAUAGUCCAGGGAUAAUCCAAUAACAAAGUCUUCUUACCAGUCGUUGUAGUCAUACACAGUAAGAGUUCUUCUAUAUUUGCAAACAGAAGCAAACACAGCAAAGCAGCAGUAAAGAGCAGCAAAGAGAAACAAACCAGGUUUCUAGCUCCCUCUUAAGGACAUUGGCUACAGAGCUAACCAAUCAGGACACCGUAUGAUGCAAUACAGCAAUACAGCAGUCUUAAAGCUAUAUUGAUGGUUGAUAUAUUGCCAAACCAAGAAGUUAGGUAAAAUCAUUUCCUAACAUAUUUAUACAUUUUCUCUUUAUAUACAUCAUCAGAGCCUUCCCCCCACACUUCAGGACCGGCCCCAACCUCCUCACUGUCCGAAUCUGCUGCCAGAUCCGCUGGCGGGCCACAAUACAAGCCGUGAUUUAGGGGGAGUCGGCUAAUUGCAGCCUAGCCAACAAAGCAGAACUUAGACGAAUGAGUUGGUUGCAACCUCUGGGCUUUCUCUUCUUCGUUUUCUAGCAAUUAUCGAUGAGCUGAUUAAAGAAGACGGUUUUGGGGAGGACCCAGGAUCCGCCCGGGCGUCGUUGAAUGGGGCCCCCAAGUUGAUUCCCAGAAGCACCGACUUCACUCCGCUGGGGGAGAUGCAGAGAGUUGAAAGGAUGAGCCUUUUGCAGAACGGGCUGGAGACUUACGGGGUCUCGGGGGCCCCUGCCCCGGGUUCACCCCAGGAUUCCUUCCCCCAACAGUUGUCCCAGAACCUCAAUAAUUUGUCCUUGCGGUCCCAGCUGGUCCCGAGAGGCCUGCUGCCCCUCAGCCGGGAUUUGGAUGCUCCUUGGACAGCGCCUGGCCCUUCGGGGUGCCCCACGGUGGCCCCAGAACCGCUGGACGAUGCCAUGCGGGACCCUCCGGAGCUGGUGAUUAUAGAACAGCCUAAACAACGAGGGAUGCGCUUCCGGUAUCAGUGCGAAGGGCGGUCAGCCGGGAGCAUUUUGGGAGAAGGGAGCAGUGAGACCAACAAAACGUUGCCCACCAUUGAGCUGCAGAACUUUGAGGGGAUUCCGGAAGUCAAAGUGACGGCUUGCUUGGUCUGGAAGGACUGGCCUUAUCGGAUCCAUCCUCACAGCCUGGUAGGGAAGGACUGCAGCAACGGGCUCUGUGAAGUGACGCUGAAGCCUCGAAUCAAUGCCAGGCAUAGCUUUAACAACCUGGGGAUCCAGUGUGUGAAGAAGAAGGACAUAGAAGAAUCCAUAGAGAAGAAGCUACAACUGGGAAUUGACCCUUUCAAAGCUGGUUCCCUGAAGAAUCACCAAGAGGUUGACAUGAACGUGGUGCGGAUCUGUUUCCAGGCCUCUUAUCAGGAUUCUAUGGGGAAAACGUGGCAUCUGAGCCCCGUCCUCUCGGAACCCAUCUUUGACAAAAAAUCCACAAACACGUCCGAGCUCAAAAUCUACCGGAUGAACAAAGAACAUGGAAGCUGCACUGGUGGCGAAGAAUUUUAUCUGCUGUGUGACAAAGUCCAGAAAGAAGACAUCUCUGUCGUUUUCCGGAAAGACGCUUGGGAAGGCAGAGCUGAUUUUUCCCAAGCGGACGUCCAUCGGCAGAUUGCCAUUGUCUUCAAGACCCCCCCUUACCAACACCUGGACAUCCUGGAGCCCGUGGAAGUGGAGGUGUACCUGCGCCGCUUGACGGACAGUGUUUCCAGCGAACCGUUCCCGUUCACCUACCUGCCCAAAGACACAGAUACAUACCGGAUCAACAAAAAACGGAAGCAAGGUAUGCCUGAUGUCCUGGAAGAACUUUCUGGUCCAGAUCCUCAUGGGAUUGAAGCAAAAAGGAAGAAGAAGAAGCCUGACUAUCUGGAUCACUUCAACUUGACUCCUUCAGCAGACUUCUCCCUGCUGUCUCCGGAAGACCGGGGUUUCCUACCCAGCAUGGAACGUAUCACGCUGCCGGAUCUCUUUGAGGAAUUUGGUCGGUUUCCCGGAUUUUCACCUUACGGCGGCCCCAGCUUGAGCGACGUGGUCCUGCCUUCUGCUACGAACUACGCAGAGAGAGCAGAACAGGAAUUCUUGCUCGAUGCUUAUUCGGUCCAUUCGGGCAUCACCGUCCCUCUGUCGCUGCCCGGGGACUCUGAGCCUGAAGGUGUGGCGACCUUGGUGGGAAGCAGCAUGUUCCCCAGUCAGUACAAAGAGGACGAAGAAGAUCUAGAAAUGAAGAAGCCCGCAGAUCUGUGACGGAAGGGCUGUGUAGACUCUCCAUUUUGGGAGAAGCCAACAAAAGAUUUAUUUUCUUGCUGAUCACCGAAGGAGGAAAAAGCUGGGAGGGACCUCUGCGGGACGGCCCUCUGUGUGAGAAGAAGAUGGGAAAAAACACGGAAGGGAAAAAGAUCGCGCUCAUCGUGGAAUAAUGGAAGAGAAGUUGCAUCCUUGGGCGGGAAGGACUCUCUGCAUCCGCUUCCUGUUUUUCUCUUCCUUGAUUCUCACAGCGCGUAAACUCCGAGUAGCGAGAACUGGACGGAUUUUCAAAUUCCCGCAAAGCUGCAGGAUGGUUCCCUUGCGUUUCGCUUAGUGUGAUGCACGAACCUAGGUUGAAAAAUAACACGGGUAGUCCUCAACUUACGACCACAAUGGAGCCGCCAAAUUUCUGUGGCGAAGGGAGACGUUAAGUUGACUUUUGCCCCAUUUUACAAUCUUUCUGGCCACCGUCGUUAAGCAAAUCCCUGCGGUUGUUAAGGUAGUCACACGGUGGUUAAGUGAAUCUGGCCUCCCCCUUGACUUGGCUUGUCAGAAUGUCGCAAAAGGGGAUCACGUAACCCCGAGACAUUGCAUCCGUCAUAAAUACGAGUCAGUAGCCAAGUGUCUGAAUUUUGAUCACGUGACUGGGGAUGCUACAACGGUCGUAAGUGAAAUACGGUUGUAAGUUGAAGACUACCUGUAUUUUAGGGCUUAUGUCAUGAUGUCAAAACACAAUGGAGGAUGCUUGAUCUAAGAAAUCAGUUAUGCAUGCCACUCUUUUCAUGCGUGUAUCCGUCACUGAACUUUCUUAAAAUGUGUGUGCACCCAUGUAUAAAAAAAAACCCCAUAUAAGUGCCUUUGAGCCAUGCACAAAUAAUGGGGUUUCCCUUCCACACCCCCAGAACAGUUAAUCCAGAUCCGUCGUUGAAUAUUAUUAGAUUUUGUCCUCUGCACACAUGGUAUAAUAGCAAUAGCACUUAAGACUUAUAUACCGCUUCAGUGCUUUUACAGCCCUCUCUAAGCGGUUUACAGAGUCAGCCUCUUGCCCCCGCAACAAUCUGGGUCCUCAUUUGACCCACCUCGGAAGGAUGGAAGGCUGAGUCAACCUUGAGCCGGUCAGGAUCGAACUGCUGGCAGUGGGCAGAGUUAGCCUGCAAUGCUGCAUUCUAACCACUGUGCACCACUGAAGGGAGAGAGGGAGGAAAGAAGGAAGGAAGGAAGAAGGGGAAAAGGAAGAGCAAUAGCACUUAGACUUAUAUACCACUUCACAACCCUCUCUAACCGGUUUACAGAGUCAGCAUACUGCCCUCCCUAACAAUCCAAGUCCUCAUUUUACCGACCAUGGGAGGAUGGAAGGCUGGAGUCCAACCUUGAGUCGGUCAGGAUCGAACUCCUGGCAGUGGGCAGAGUUAGCCUGCAAUGCUGCAUUCUAACCACUGCGCCAUCACGGCCAGUAUAGCAAUAGCCCUUAGACUUAUAUACCGCUUCUUGGUGCUUUCCAGCCCUCUCUAAGCAGUUUACAGAGUCAGCACAUUGCCCCCAACAAUCCAGGUCCUCAUUUGACCCACCUCGGAAGGAUGGAAGGCUGAGUCAAUCUUGAGCCAGUGAGAAUCGAACUGCCAAACUGCAGUCAGCCGGCAGUCAGCCGAAUUUAGCCUGCAAUACUGCAUCCUCGCCACCGGGGCUCUUGGAGGGAAGUGGUAUUAUAUGUCAGGAUGUCAUCGCACUGAUGGGGCCAUGAUGUAGAUUAUUGUGACUUUACUGGAUGUCUUUGCCUAAACAUAUGGCCAGAUGUAGCUAGUGGGUGACUAGGAUCUCUAUAUGGGGGCCUGUCAGAGCUUGCCAUCACAACAAUCCUUAGUUAUCAGGGGUGGGUCCUGGUAUUCACACGGAGGACUUCAGUUCACAAUAAAUUGGGGCCGAAUACCAUCAUCAAAAUGCAGGAGACAAUAUUCCAUUGUGCCUUAACUUACUUCCAAGAAGUCUGUGAGUACAGGUAGUCCUCGGCUUAACGACCACACAACUGAGCCCAAAGUUUCCGUCGCUAAGGAAGACAAAUGAGUUUUUUCCCCAUUUUAUCACCUUGCUUGCCACGGCUGUUAAGUGAACCCUUGCAGUUGUUGGACGCUGGUCGGAAGGCCGCAAAAGGGGAAUUACGUGACCUCGGGACAUGCCACCGUCGUAAGUAUGAGCCAGUUGCCGAGCUUUUGAUCACGUGACCACGGGGAGGCUGCAAUCGUCAUAAAUGUGAAAAACGGGACACAAGUCACUUUUUCCAGUGCCGUUGUAACUUUGAACGGUUGUAUGAAUGGUUAUAAGUUGAGGACUACCUGUUUUGACUUACAAAGUCAUAACUCAAGGUUUCAGGGACAUUGCUACCAUCAUAAAUACAUGCCCAUUGCCAGGACUCAAAAUUUUAAAUUUUGAACCAUCACUAACGAACGAUUGUCAGUGGAGCAUGACCUAUACACAAAGUAGAAGCACUCUCGAGCUACAACCAUUUAUGUAGUGACCAUUCAAAGUUACGACGGCACUGAAAUAAGCAACUUAUAACAGUGGCCCUCAAAUUUCUGGGCAGCGGGGACCAUUUGUUCUGACCUAGGCUCCCUUAAAAAGCAGGAAGCAGGAAUCGGUCCUGGCAAAAACCUCUUUUAUUUACACGACUGUGAAUUACGUUCAUUCACAGUCAGCAAGGCCUGUCCAAACAGUUUUUCAAAGGAAUAUUUAUCAACACAGACCUUAUCUCGCUUGGCAAGCUGCCACGUAACUUGUUUCCAAAUGCAGAGUAAGGCCAAACUUGGCACAGAGUCUAUUAGAGUCAUGAACAGAACUUUCCACUCUUGAAACUACCGAACGAAUGAAUUGUUUCCUGCAAAAGCCCCCUCCCGUCCGCUCCUCUUUUGUUUCCUAUGGGAGGGGCCAAUCAUCUCCAAGGUGUGGCUUUACUCCUGAAUUGACCCUGCUUUCUGAGUUGUUCUUGUCUUCUGGCAGCUCUGUGCAUGCGCACACUGGGAACGGGCUCCAGCUGUUCCUCUGCCUCCCUGCUGUCUAUCUCCCUCUCUGCCUCCGAUGCAGAGUCCUCAUCCGAGCUUUCCCCAGCCCCCAGGACUGGCCCAGGUUCCUCCCCAACCUCCUCACUGUCCAACUCUGCUGUCAGCUCCGCUGGCCACCAGUGGGCCACAACACCGGUUCCAUGGAGAAAAGUUUUUCCGUGGAACUGAUGGGUUGCGGUUUCAUGUUCUGCCUACAUCCCGCAGAUGGGACUUCGUUGUUUGCGCAGUCUGGUUUCUGGCAUGCUGCGGCCCGGUGCCAGUUCAUGGACCGGGGUUGGGGACCCCUGACUUAUAAGAUAUCCCUAGGUCACAUGAACAAAAUUUCAAUGUUUGGCAAUUGGCAUGUAUUCACAAGAGUUGCACUGUUCCAAAGUUAUGGAAUCGCUAUUUGCAACCUUCCCAGCUGGAUUCUGACAAGCAAACUCUUGUGGAAACUCUCAAAUCUGGUGGAAGCCAGAUUCAUUUAAAGACGGCACUGUUUCACUUAACAACCAUGGCAAAAAAAAGUUGUAAACUCGGCUGCGACUCACUUAACAAACACCUUGCUCAGGAAAUGAAAAUUCUGGUCCCAAUGGUGUCGUAAGUCGAGGAUUAACUUGUAUCCAUUAAUCUGUUUUCAUAUGGGGUUGAACCACCAAUCUAAUCUCUCUAACAGUAGUUUUUUUUUUUUUAAAAAAAAGGUUUAAAUUUGUGUGUUUGAGAUUCUUUCUACCUGGAGAAAUUACAAAGAUUUAUCUGAUGA